AUGUCUUCAAAAGGAUUUUUUCAAAAAAUAGAUAUCUUUUCUUAGAGAUUUUAUUUUAAUAUUGGUAAUAAAGAUAAGAAAAAGAGUACAUGUUUUGGUGGAAUGCUAUCAUUUAUUGUUUUAUCUGUCUCAUUCUCUUAUCUUGCUUACCUCCUUUAUCUUUAUUUUGAGAAUAAAUUAUUGCCUAAAAUAACUCAAUCAUUAGAAGUGUAGUCUGAUCAGUUUAGUUUAUAGUUCAUAGAGAGCCCAAUAUAAUUUUAGCUUGUUGUGAAUGGCUAAACAAUUUAAGAAAUUGAGACAUAGACUGGAAAGAGAUAUCUUAAUGUAAUUCUUACUUAGUAAAUACCCUAAGAUAAAGGAUUCCUUGUACUACCUCUACCACAGAUAGAUUGUGGUAAUGGUUAUAUUUGUAUUGAUUUUAACAAAACAAGCUAGUAGUAGAAGGAGUUAGCAUUUGGUAAACAUGUUUCACUCUAUAUGAUAAAUCUUGCAGAUUGUUUAGGAGAGGGAUGCGCUUCUUAAGAGGAAGUGAAUUAGCUUUUGUUAUAAGCUUUUUCAACAUUCUAGAUUAACUUAAUAACAUGGUAGUAUAAUUCUACUUUAUAAGUAUUCUAGAAAAAUAUCAUGAGUGAGUUUAUUAGCUUUGACAACUUGUUAACAACUUAUUGUUAAAUUAGUUUUACCAAGGCAACAACGUUUAUUCAGCAAGGUUUGAUGUUCUAAUAAACUGAAAGAAGAGAUUUAGUAUAAAAUUACAAAAGAAUAGAUAGGUUUUUUUCAAGAGAACAAUUUGCUUAGAAGGUAGGACUUACAGGUUAUGCAGUAAUAUCAUUCUAACUUGAUUAAACUACCAGCACUAUAAUAUAUUAAUUUCCUAUGAUUACAGAAAUACUUUCAUAGUUUACAAGUAUUUUUAACAUACUACUGAUUGCAGGAUUUAUUGCUUCACUACUAUCUCAAUCUUUUAUAGUUGAAGAUGUAGGAGAUAUAUAUUUAAAAGAGUAUUAUAAGACCACAGCUGCUGAUUUGCUUAAUUCUGAUAAAAAAAAUCAGUCAGCUAAAUAAAAUUAAAAACAACUUUUUGAACAAGUAAUAGAACUAUAAGAUCAAAUAAAAGCUGCUUAAUUUUUUGAAGAAAAAAAAUAAAUAUUUAAUUUAGGUUUAAUUGACAGAUUGAAGUUAAUAGUUUAGAGAUUAAAAGGAAUCAACUAGGAGAAUAGCGCUAAAUAUCUAAAUUCUAACAAAAAAAAUAUUUACAAUAAAAUUAUGCAGCAUGCAAUUGAACAGAUCGAUAUUUUUAAAAUUUACAAAGACAUUAUCAAGCUAAAUAUGGCAAUAAAAGUUAUAUUAACAAAAGAAUAAUAUGCUGCCUUAAAUUUUUGUGGAUGUAGGUAUGAUGGUCUAAAAACUUAAAUAAAUAAUCAGGAUUAAAAAAUAAAGAACCUACAAUAAAAAAAUAAUUUUAUUAUAAAAAAUAAAGUAUAAGAAACAACAGUGAUAGAUAAAAUACCUGAUUUAGUUAAUAUAUCAAAGAACAGAUCAUAGGACUAAGAAGUUUUAGACAUCAGUGUACCUUAAAAGAAUUUAUCAGAAUUUAAAUUUAUUAAAUAGCAAAGCAUAAAAAAGAAGACUCACCCUUAGAUGCAUUUUGAGUUGUAUGAAAGUAAUUUAGACCAACAAACCUAAUCAUCAAAUUUUUAUGUGAAAUAAUACAACCAACAUAAAUCACAUUUUAUGGAAUCAAUUUUUUAGAAUAAAAUGAGUUAAAUGUAAGGCGAUGACGAGAUUAAAGAUGAUCAUUUAAAUAGUAACGAAGACUAAUAAGAAGAGGAUAACUCAUUUUGUAAUAUAUCAAACAUAAACCAUUUAUAAGAGAUGGAUAAAUUAGAUUUUGAUUAAGAACUUUUAAAAAAAUAAUUUAGCUAAUUUAUUCAAAAUAUCAAAGACAAUAAAAACAUUUCAUAGAUUGACAUCAAUAUUUAUAAUUCUUUGAUUAAUUAAAUUUAAUAAAAUUGA